GGAGCGCGGGUUGCGUUAGUUGAGCGCUAGCUAGCUAACGUGCCGCGGUGUUUUCCUCCUCACACGCCGCUCCACAGAGCCCACAGGCCGGCCGUACCGGAUCAGCAUCCCCCGGUACGAGCCCCUUUAUCACCGGGGAUGGGGGAUCCGCCUGUGAGGUUGUUCGUGCGUAUUCAGACGUAACCCCUCUCAGGUAGAAGCCGGAGGAGGGACGAGAACCGACAACAUCCCGGGUGAUAUUUACCGGGUUUGUUUUGCAGCUAACGCGUCAACUAGCAGCGGCUGCGAGCUAACGCGGCGGCUAGCAGCGGCAGCUAGCCGCCGCGUUAGCUGGUUAACGCAGGGCUGCAGCUAGCCGCCGUUAUCAGCCGGGAUCCAGUCGUGCGGGCAGCCGCUGUAGCUUCCCCGUUAGCCCCGCGGGGCCCCGGAGCAGAGCGGCCCGGGCGCCCUGGAGGCAGCGAGGCGGCAUCAGCCGUUUGGCUUCAACGCGCAAGAUGGCUGAAUUUAUUGUGCCGACCUUGAAAGUAAUAAAAGGAUGACAUAUUAUUCAUAGCGAGCUAACUGUCCCGGUGACGUAACCGGCUGCAUUUAGGCCACAUAUCCAGGUUAUUUAAUUUGUGUUUGUGUAUCACAGAGGGGGAAGGAGCCCACCGUGACAUUCCCACUGUGCAUUGUGCUAGCAUGCCUCGAUGAAAACAAUGGGAUGUGUUAGCCACGAGCUAGCAGCAGAUGCCCAUCGGACUGGUGGCUCCUGCUCAGGCUGCUCGAAGGCCUCCUCUGCCCCCCCCACAACAACAGCAGGGGUUAAGGCCCUCAAAGUGUGACCCCUGACCUCAUUUACCCCUGAUACAUCAAGGGGGGCUUCACGUGAUCAAUGAGAACGUGGUGAUUCAUCAGCGCGUUGGCGUGUGAUACCUGAUACCUGAUCAAUCUACACCUGGGGGAAAUGUCCUAUCAGCUGUGUGACUGAGAAAAACAUUGAUUAUUGGAACACGAUUCAUCAAUUCUAUAGAAAGGUGCCAGAGAGGCUCCUCAUGACAUCACACUCCACGGAAUGACUUCUAUCUGCAUUGUGUCCUUAUUCAUUCAUCUUUGUUUUUGUUACAUCCCCAUGUAAUAAACCAUGAUGUCAUGAUGAUGUCAUACACUCAUGUAGUUCCUCUGGAUGUCAGAGACUUCCACAAAAAAUUCUGAGCAGAGAUUAUUAAACAGAGAUUAUUUGUUUUAAUGGUAGAUGGAGAAUUUAAUGGCGAGUUAAGGGUUUCCAUGGAGAUAAGCCCCUCCCACACUCCGGCUCAUCCAGUGUGGAUGAGCACAAAUGGUUACUCACAAUUAGGGAGUUACACUAAUAUAUAUUUUUUUAUUCUCAUAUGAAAACAUCUCGAUUUAUUCUAGUUAAUCACCAACACUAUAUUUUACUGAUGACAUGUGAACGCAUCACGAUAAUUUAUGACGUUCACUUAGCAGAGCCUGAACGCAUCGUGAUGUGUGAAUUUAUGCCCGUUUGCUGUUUAGAAAUUAGAUUAAAACGUUUUUCCAUUAAAAAUACAUUUUUCAUUCUGGGUUAGCAUAUCGCUAAAUGUUUUGAUAAUAUGUCGUCAGAAUUUAAGAUUCCAAUGAUAAAUAUUAGUAUUGUGAAUGUAUUAUCACGUUCAUAUUGUGACAUUUUAGGAUGACGUACAGACACGAGGAGACUGGAGCGAUGCUCAUUGUUCGUGUCAAAGUCGUCCUGAUUUCAUCAAACUGGCUAACGGUUAGCAUCAUGUAGCGCUGGAAGCCAGACACACUUCCUGUGGAAGCUGCACCAAUGGAUGCUAUUUAGCACCAAAUCCGACGUGAGAACUUCACAGCAGCUACAGAGUCGCUGUGUCCUCCUCGUGGAGAGAAGAUAAGCCACGCCCCCUCCGCCAUGUUGUCCAGCAGCUGAUGGACGAUGGCCUUGUGAGAGUGGGCGGCGCUGCCUGGCCCUGAGGUAAGGAGGAGGAGUCUCAGCCAUAGGCCCCUCCCCUCUUAGCUCCCGAUCUGACGGACGCCCGAUCAGUUGUGGCUCUACCUUUGCUCCGCCCCUUCCCCCCCACACCGUUGGCCCCGCCCCCUGCCGCCAUGCUGUGGUCACGGUGCUGUAGGACCGCCUGAGGAAGCAGACUCUGGAAGGUGACCCCGCUCCGCCAGGGGGCUUCUACCUGUCCCUGCUGGACCCGAAACCCCUCCCAGAGCGCUGGCCCCCAGAUGGCUUGAUGCCUGAGAGCAGCUACUGGCAGCUUUGCCCUCCCUCCAAGUCCAGCCUGCAGGGGGGGUUGCUGAGCUCUAGUUUCCCCCCCGGUCCCGUGCCCCUGGUGCCCCCAGAUGCUCACCUGCAGGAGGGGGGCGACCCCCUGGACGCGCCCCCAUCUCACCCCCCGCCGCAGCAGCACCGGCCCCUGGCGCCGAGCUCCUCUGCGUCCGAGCUUUCCCUCCCCGGGGCGCCGGCGGUGCCCCCCCCCGGCCCCGGGCUGCCUCCCCCCCCUCCUCCGCCCCCCAAGCGGCACUGCCGUUCGCUGUCGGUGCCCGAGGACCUGUCGCGCUGCCGCUACACCUGGCGCCCCAGCGCCUCGCGGGUCUGGACCCCCGUCAGUCGGCAGCAGUGCCACGGGGCGGCCGGGGGAGGGGCCACGGGGGCAGGCGGCAUGGGGGUGGCGGUUGUGGGGGGCGGAGCCUGUCCUCUCCGCGCCCCCAGCUCCUCCCUGAACUCGUCGCUGCACUCGUCGUCCAGCCCCACCUUCUUCAGCCUGGCGCUGUCUCCCGACUCGCCGCUGCCCUGGAGCUUCCCCUGGGACCCCAGCGAGGCGGCGGCGGCGGGGGGAGGAGCCUGCUGCUGCUUCUUCCCCUCCCCGUCCUCCUGCUCGUCCUCGCCCUCCCCCCUCCACCCGCCUCCCCCCCCUCAGAGGCGUUUCUCCCUCUCCCCCGUGCUAAUCAGAGACUCGGCGGCCUCCACCUUCCUGCCGCCAGCGGCGCCGAGCCAGACGCGCCCGCGCCCGCCCAGCUGCUCGGCCACGGUGGCGGGCGUCCCGGUUCCCGCCUCGCCGUCCUCGGCCUGCAGCACGCCGUCGUCUCUGAGGCGCUGUCUGCCGCCGCAGCUGCCGCGCUGCCACUCGCAGCCCUGCGACCUGCUGCUCCUCAAACCGGGUCUGAAGAGGAGGCGGGACCCCGACAGGCCGUGUGCCCGCCCCGUCCUGGACUUCACCAAGAUGAGCCAGACCCGCAGCAUGGACCCCCAGGCCCUGGAGCGUGGGGGCCGGCCCCCCUGUGGAGGAGACGUGCUCAUGGACUCCUUCAUGAGUGACUUCCGGGGCUCGUGCUCUCCGGCCGAGUGUCUCGGGCGGACGAGCAUCGGGCCGCUGAGCGAGAGCGACGAGGAAUGCCGCGAGGACGAGGAGGAGGACGGCGAGGACGAAGAGGACGGCGAGGAGGCGGAGGCGCAGGAGCGCGAGGCGGCGCAGCAGGCGGUGUUUGAGAGGGACUGUACAGAACUGGACUUGAACUUGAUAGAAGAGAACUGAGGUCGUCCUCUGUUGUUUCAUUUGGUUUUUGAUUGAUCUGAAGCCCCGCCCCCCCCCUCUCCUCCCCGCCUACCACCAAUCAGCACGGCUCUCAGGAACAACACCUCCUCUCAGUGCGUGAGCCGCGCUGCCGGCGGUGAAGACAGGAAGUGACAUCAUCCUCACUGAGCUAGCUCCAGGUACCUGAGGGUCGGCCAUGACGUUCUGACGAGGCCGCCGCGCCGCCAACCUGACACGCCGCCGCCGCCACAGACCCAUGAUUACAGAUACAGACUCUUUGAUGUGUGAUGACCGCAGCGGGUCGACAAGGAUCCACAAUAUUUAAUAAGCAUCAUUAAAACUGCUCCGACGUCAGUACAAGAUCAAAAAUAAUCAACAUUUUAAGGGUUUAUUUCUUCAGAGAAGCCUUUUAUUGAUGAAUAAGUCUCUUAUUAUAUUUAAUGCUGUAUAACAUGUGUUAGGAAGUGAAACCGAUCACAAUCAUCUCUAAUAUCUAUUUCAUUUUUACAAUAAUCCGUUUGGAACAAUAUUGCUAAUAAUAAUAAUAAUAAUUGAUAUUCAGCA